AUGUCCGAGCCGGAGCACCUGGGCGGCAAGCGAGCCGAGUCGGCGCGGCUGCGGCGGGCCGAGCAGCUGCGGCGCUGGAAGGGCUCCCUCACCGAGCAGGAGCCGGUGGCGGCGGGGGGCGGCCGCGGCCGGCACCGCGGCGCGGGGGGGUCCCGCGUCCGCUUCGAGGAGGGCGCCGUGUUCCUGGCCGCCUGCUCCAGCGGCGACACCGAGGAGGUGAAGCGGCUGCUGGGCCGCGGCGCCCGCAUCAACACGACCAACGUGGACGGGCUGACAGCCCUGCACCAGGCCUGCAUUGAUGAAAACCUGGACAUGGUGAAGUUCCUGGUAGAAAAUGGAGCCAAUGUGAACCAGCAAGACAACGAGGGCUGGACCCCUCUGCAUGCAGUGGCUUCCUGUGGCUAUCUGAACAUAGCAGAGUACUUGAUCAGCCAUGGAGCCAACGUGGCUGCUGUGAACAGCGAAGGGGAGGUCCCAUCUGACAUCGCAGAGGAAGCAGCCAUGAAGGACCUGCUUCUGGAACAAGUGAAGAAGCAAGGUGUAGACCUGGACCUGUCAAGGAAAGAAGAGGAGCAGCAGAUGCUCCAGGACGCCCGGCAGUGGCUGAACAGUGGGAGAAUUGAGGAUGUAAAGCAGCCUCGGACAGGAGCCACAGCCCUUCAUGUUGCUGCAGCCAAGGGCUAUUCUGAAGUCAUGAGGCUUCUGAUCCAGGCUGGGUUUAAUCUGAAUGUCCAGGACAAUGAUGGCUGGACUCCCCUCCACGCUGCCGCGCACUGGGGGGUGAAGGAAGCGUGUUCCAUCCUGGCUGAGGCUCUGUGUGACAUGGACAUCAGGAACAAGCUGGGCCAGACGCCCUUCGACGUGGCUGAUGAGGGACUCGUGGAGCAUUUAGAAAUGCUGCAGAAGAAACAGACUGUGUUGCGAAGUGAGAAGGAGACGAGGAAUAAGCUGAUUGAAGCUGACAUGAACGGGAAGCCUCAAAGCAGACUCUUCACCAACAAAGAGAAGAUUCUUUAUGAGGAAGACAUGCUGAAGUCCAUGGAAAUGGAGGAAGAGAACAAGGACUCGAGCAGUUCUAGUUCUGAAGAGGAGGAAGAAGCUGAAGAUGAAGUUUCAGAAUCGGAUGCUGAAAAGGAGUCAGAGAGGAAGGAAGAGCCCUUUGCCAACCACUCCAGCCGUGAAUCCAGGCCCAGCAUCACUGAGCAAAUGCCACCACCCGAGCCCAACUCCUUCACUGCGUCUGCCAGAAGAUUCAGUUGGCUCAGCAAGUCAGAGGAGCAGAAGGAUGAGUCGCCGUCGUCGUGGCGGCUGGGGCUGAGGAAGACGGGCAGCCACAACAUGUUAAGUGAAGUCGCUGCCACUCGUGAGGCACAGAGAGACAAGGCUGCUUCUAUCUAUCGUUCCUCCUCCAGUCCUCGGAUAUCUGCACUGUUAGACAACAAGGACAAGGACAAAGACAACAAGAGCUAUCUUGCCACCAUAGCCCCAAGAAGACUGAGCAGUACGAGCGAUAUAGAAGAAAAAGAAAACAGGGAAUCAGCUGUGAACCUGGUGAGGAGCGGCUCCUACACCCGGCAGCCGUGGAGGGACGAGGCAAAGGGAAACGAAGCUCCCCAUUCUGGAGCACCCACCACCUAUGUAUCCACCUACUUGAAAAGUGCUUCAUUUGGUAGAAGUAGUGACCUGGGCAGUCCCUACAUUUCAGCCAGUCGCAGUCCAUCUCUAGCUACCUCACCCACUGCCAUUGGCUCAUCUACCUCCCCGGGCUCCCCGUGGCAACCUGUCUCUUCCUGUCCCACAUCUCUCGGUGUGAACACUCCUGCAUCAGCCCGCCACUACACCAGAGCCCCUUUCAGGCAACAAACUGAUUCUGCUGUAGAGAAAAGCCCAGAGGGCAGCUGUGUUACCCCUCUAGGUGUAAUCACAAACCGGGCUGUGCUCGGCGCUGCCAACGGCACCGCGAACGCCGGGGCCGCCUCCGCCCCGGGGAAGGAUCUCUCUGCUGAGGAGGCCAGGGAGCGCAGAAGGUCCUAUCUGACUCCGGUGCGGGAUGAGGAAGCGGAAUCACUGAGGAAGGCACGGUCCAGGCAGGCCCGGCAGACUCGCAGAUCUACCCAGGGUGUGACCCUGACAGACCUUCAGGAGGCCGAGCGGACCUUCAGCCGGUCGCGGGCGGAGCGACAGGCGCAGGAGCAGCAGAGCGAGAAAGCCGAGGGCACCGAGCUUGAGGAGAGCGGCGAGAGACCGGAGAGCCGGGCACGGUGGAGCAGGAGUACGGAUGAGGAGUCAGUCUACCGGCGACUGAGGUGCCCAGCACAGCCCGACAAACCCACCACACCUGUAUCUCCUUCGACAGCAGCACCUCUGCUCUACACAAGUUCAUACCUGACUCGAACAAAUAAAUACCUAGGCCUGGACUCUGUGAACCCAGCAGACUUCAGAGGGGCAGCCACAGAGAUGGAGAAAAACGAGUGUGAAGAUCAGGAUUCAGACGACAGAUCCCUGAACAAACAGUCGAUCCGGGAGCGGCGGCGGCCGAAAGAGAGACGGAGAGGCACCGGCAUCAUUUUCUCGACAAAAGACGAUGAUGAUGAAGUUGAUGGAAACGAGGAUGUGAAGGAAACUCGGCAUGAAAGACUUUCCAGGUUGGAAGCAGCUACAAACCCCAGCACCAGUGACUCGUCCUACAGCGACCGUGCCUCCGGUCGCUCCAGUGCCUACAGCCGGAGGGAGAACCGGCUCGCCGCCCUCAGCAGCCGCGCAGAGGAGGAGAGCAACAGGGACUAUAAAAAAUUAUACGAGAGCGCCCUGUCUGAAAAUCAGAAGCUGAAGUCAAAGCUGCAAGAAGCCCAGCUUGAGCUGGCUGACAUCAAAGCAAAGUUGGAAAAAGCAGCCCAGCAGAAACAGGAGAAAACUUCUGACCGGUCCAGCAUGCUGGAGAUGGAGAAGAGGGAGAAGCGAGCCCUGGAGCGGAAACUCUCUGAAAUGGAGGAGGAGAUGAAGAUUUUGACAGAGCUGAAGUCGGACAACCAAAGGCUGAAGGACGAGAACGGAGCCCUCAUUCGUGUCAUCAGCAAACUCUCCAAAUAGGAAUCCUGAGCAAAGGCAGGAUGAGGAGGGGCCCUACACCAGCUGCCAACCCCACCACGAGCCCUCCCCGCCCUCUCCCACCCGUCACGUACAGCAAGUGUUUCAGCCGUGGGAUCAAUGUCACACCUGCCUUGCCCUGCCCUUUGCUGUACAUUCCCUUUGUGCCCCUGUUUUCCCCCCCAACACACCCCCUGCCAUUUUAUUAUUUUUAAUUUAAGCAUGUUGUGGUAUCUCGGACAUUUUAUUCAAGGGAGAAACGUGAGGACUGGGUUUGAGCUGCCAAAACUUCUUCCAGGAGCCCAGUAUUUGGUGUCAGACUCUGACCUGGAGUGGGAAGCUCCUGUUGUAAAAAGUGACACCUCAGAAACUAAUCCAGCACAUCCAAACCCUGUACAGGUGGGAAGUGUGAGUCUGGGACACACGGGCUGGGACUCUGAGGACGCACAUCAACCCCCUGAGAUGUGGGACUGGCUGAAUGUGAUGCUGUGAAAGCCACCUGGGCUCGUGUCUGUCACGGGCUGCUUUGCACAGAGACCUCCUCUCACCCCAGCAGACCCAGUCCUUUAUUUAAGACUUUGAACCUGUUCAGUAACAUCAACACUGACACUUGGCAUCAGACCCUUAUCCCUCACCCUCCCUUUCACCCAGCCUGGGUGAUUCCAUGUCGUGUUCUUCCAGGGCUCCUGCCUGUAAUUAGCAGCAUCCAGUUGCACCUGGACUCUUGCUCCUCGGGACAGGAUGUAUCACAGGUACUUCUGAGCUUUCUGAAGGACAAACUUGAACCCUUAGAG